AUGGUUCCAAAAGAGGAACAGGAUGCCGCUGGACAGUCAUCUUAUUCUCCAAGCCCUGACAAGGAAACACUCCAAGUCCCAGAUGCAGAAGAGCCUGCCACCCGACGGUCUCUUUACUUGCCGAGCAUUGAAAUGGAGUCACUCUGCCUCUCAAAGCUUCCAGUAUUUGUACAUGAAAACACAUCAUCAAAAAAGAAUUUCUGCUACCGUGGCUUUGGGAACAUCUUCCCAUACCUCUUUUUCAUCUCUGUCUUGGUCAUCUAUGCCUUUCUGGGAGCAGUCCUCUUUCGUGUUAUUGAGCGUGGUAAAAAUGACAGCAAUGUUGAAUUUGAGGCAUUUUUGAACAAACUCUGGACUUUCUAUGAAAGAAAUAAAGCAGGAUCAGAAGAAGAGAGAAAGACGAAUUUCAUGACAGUGACCACAAAGAUGAUACAGGAUGAAGUGAAGCAUGAUUGGCUCAUCAGCUCCAAGGACUGGUCAUUGGUGGAAUCCCUAUUUUUCUGCUGUACUGUAUUUACCACAGUGGGUUACGGCAAUAUCUACCCCAGAACAAGACUUGGAAAAAUUGUGUGUGUGCUGUAUGCUCUCUUUGGGAUACCUUUUAUGUUCUUGGUUAUGACAACCGUUGGUGAUGUCCUAACAUCCAUCCUAUCUAUGAUUUACAAUAAUUACAAAAAUCGUCACGUCCUUAAUCUUGUACCACAAAUCAGAAGGCAUAGAAAUACGAACACGAAAGCUGAUCCUUCCAAUCAGGUCUUUCCUCAUACUGAGGUAGAAAAGUCAGGCCACAAUUUCAAAGUGCAAAAAGACAAUAAAACAACUCAUAAACACCCAAAGGAACAACACCAGAAUAUGGAACUAUUCUAAAAGAUUGUGAGGAGAGAGAAUGAAAACAUGUUGCAUGUUACUCCUCAACUAGAAAGGAGCAUUUCAUGUCCUAACCUGGUGGAGUAUAUAAAAUCACGUCAAUCUAGUCACAAAAGCUUGAGAGAUGUAGGAAGAAUAGUUGAACACUUUGAUAUUCCCAUUCUAAUAAUUGCCUGUAUUGUGUUUGCCUACAUCUCCUUAGGAGCAGCAUUUCUACCAUUUUGGGAAACUCAAUUGGACUUUGUGACUGCAUUUUAUUUUUGUUUUAUAACAUUUACCACAAUUGGGUUUGGGGAUAUCGAGUUGCACAAUACCUCUCAUUUUCUCUUUUGUUCCAUGUAUAUUAUUGUUGGCAUGGAAAUUGUCUUCAUCACUUUCAAACUGCUCCAGGACAGAUUGUUCCACGUUUACGAAACCAUCAUAAUAUUUGUCACAAGAUGGGACGUUGACUAG